UCCCUACCCAAAUUGGCAGUAUCACUCAAUCCUACAGUAAAAUACCGGAACCGGAAGUUACCUCCCCGCAACAACAAAAAAACGUACACAGCAAAGAUGGCGGCGGCCAGCGAAGAGACGGCAAAAAAAACACACGUGGAGAAAAACAAAAAGCCUCCAGUCCGUUACUGGCGACAGCAGAAAAAUGACGACAAAGGUGGAAGAAAGGCUGUCGACAAACAGCAGCAGAAUUGUAAAACAAUGUCCGCGACGAAGAGGAAGAAAGAAGAUCCCAAAGAAUGGAGGAAAAAAAAGAAAUCCGAAAAAUGGGAUCCUUUCCCAGGACGCGCUCCUUUUCCGGAGGCCUCAAUGAAGAAGUUUGCAAGGCAAGAGAAAUCAACAGAGAAGAUCUCAAGGAGUUUUUUUAAGCUGAAAGCUGCGAUUGAUCACUCGGAUAAAACUUCACAACUGGCCCAAAAACAAGCAGCUCGGUUUGAUCUUCUUCUCCCAGAGGAAGCAGGGUUUUUAGAAGGUGACAAAGACGAGGACACGUGUACAAUCUCACAGCAAGAUAUUGCAGAGGCUGUGGAUAUAACGUCUGGGGCCAAGUAUUUCAACCUGAACCUAUCUCAGUUUGGACCAUACAGACUAGAUUACAGCAAGACCGGACGUCACCUGCUUCUCGGUGGGAGGAGAGGCCAUGUCGCAUGUGUCGACUGGCAAUCCAAACAGCUAAUGUGUGAGAUAAAUGUGAUGGAGUCCAUCAACGAUGUUAAAUGGCUUCACGCUGAGAACAUGUUUGCAGUGGCUCAGAAAAAGUGGCUGUACAUCUAUGACUCAAAUGGUAUAGAGCUUCACUGCAUCCGCAAAUUCAACGACGUCCUUCGCAUGCAGUUUCUGCCCUACCACUUCCUACUUGCUACAGCUAGUGCCACAAGUUUCCUGCAAUACCUUGACGUGUCAGUGGGUAAAGAGGUGGCAUCCAUUGGCACCAAGACGGGCCGCCUUGAUGUGAUGUGCCAGAACCCCCAUAAUGCCAUUAUCCACCUUGGCCACCCCAACGGCACAGUCACCCUAUGGUCGCCCAAUCAAAAAGAAGCCAUUGUCAAAAUGCUCUGUCACCAGGGAGGAGUGCGCUCUGUCGCCGUGGACAAGACAGGAACAUAUAUGGUGACAUCAGGCAUGGACAAAAAGCUAAAAGUAUUCGACAUCAGAAAAUUCCAACCAGUCAAAUCCUACUUCCUGCCUGCCGGAGCUUCUUCUUUGUCAAUGAGCCAGCGGGGGCUGUUAGCUGCAGCCACGGGCGACGUCGUCCAGGUAUACAGGGACGUGUGGAGCUCUGAGACGGUGACUAAACCCUACAUGGCUCACAGAGUACGGACAGCCGCAUGGGGGAUGCACUUUUGUCCCUUUGAGGAUGUGCUGGGAGUCGGACAUGGACAAGGCUUCACAAGCAUGCUUGUACCAGGAGCGGGCGAGCCAAACUUUGACGGCCUAGAUUCCAAUCCAUACCGCAGUGCUAAACAGAUGCAGGAAUGGGAGGUUAAGGCCCUUCUAGAAAAGAUCCAGCCUGAUCUAAUCAGUCUAGACCCCAGAGAUUUGGGGAAGGUUGACUUUGCCACCUUCCAGCAGCGGCACCAAGACCGAGUGGAAGCCCUGGGCUAUGAUCCUCUUGCUAAACAAAGAUUUGUCCCAAAGUAUAAGAAAAAAGGUCGCAGCUCAACUGGCAAUGUGGAAAAGCGGAAGCAGCAGGUGGCUGACGGCGAUAAGAGGACUCUGAUAGCCCAAAGUAUGGAAGACAAAAUGAAGAUGCAGAAGGAAAGAAAAGCAAAGGAAAAAAGGAAGUCAGAAUUAUUCAGCCAAAAAUCAGCUUUGGACAGAUUCAGGAAAUAGAAGAGGACGCACCCUGAUGCCAAAACUCUUCACAUCCUGUGCGAGGGACCGUUUCACAACACAACCCCCUGUGUGAGAACAAAACAAGUCAUGCUGCCACAACAUAUAAAGAUAAUUAAUUAUGUAAGUGAUGUUCAUCUGUAAUCAAUUUUGAGUGCUAUGUUGGGGCAACUUUUGCCUAAAGCACUUCCUGUCAGCACAGGCAGCUGUCAACUAGCACAUGCUUUUAACCAUGACUGUUUUUAUAGGCAAACUGACUAUAUGGGUCAGAUAAGACCAAAUAAACACACUGUCAAACCUCUUGAGUAGAGGGGAAAAAUAAAUAAGUUCGGCUUGCAAAGUUGUAUGCAGGUUGCUGCUUGUCAGUGAGUGUAACAGUACAGACGUGUUUAACAAUAGCUAAUAAUUUAACAUCUAAUAGAGAGUUUGACAGUUAAAGUUAUACAGUAAAACCAAUUACUUGAAAUUACCAUUAUUUGUUAUGUCAGAUCAUUGCCUAUUAAACUCUAUUUUUAUGAACCCACAAUGGAAUUCAAAUAAAAUUCUGCCAGUUCAAAGUUGCAAUACUUAAAAGUUUCAUGCAUCUGUCAAGGUGAUUGAUAUUGUAGUUGCAGUUAUUUCUAACAAGUUUAGAAGCACUUGUUAUACAUUAUUGAAGUAUAUAUACCCAUCCAUCCAUCCAUUUUCUACUGCUUAUUCCCUUCGGGGUUACGGGGGGCGCUGGAGCCUAUCUCAGCUACAAUCGGGCGGAAGGCGGGGUACACCCUGGACAAGUCGCCAUCUCAUCGCAGGGCCAACACAGAUAGACAGACAACAUUCACACUCACAUUCACACACUAGGGCCAAUUUAGUAUUGCCAAUCAACCUAUCCCCAGGUGCAUGUCUUUGGAAGUGGGAGGAAGCGGGAGUACCCGGAUGGAACCCACGCAGUCACGGGGAGGACAUGCAAACUCCACACAGAAAGAACCCAGGACCUUCGUAUUGUGAGGCAGACGCACCUGCCCGAAGUAUAUACCAAGCAUGCAAAAAUAUAUGUGUUGUGAAGGGCAGGUAAUAGUACAAAUAAGGAAGUCAAAGUCGAGCCACACCUUUUAUCUUAUGAGGACUUUGUCAGGCCUGUUCCCUGACAUUCGUUGGUUGUCGUUAAUUAUUACACGGUCUACUUUGAGAACUUGAGUCAUUAAAAGGUGUGCAUGUUGAAGCAAAGCAGGGAAACAAGAAAAGAUAAAACUAUUGACUGACGCCAUUCCAUCUGUCCUGAGUCUAAACACACUGCUCUUUGUUAUGUGGCAAAGCAGCUGAGGUUAAAUUACAUUUGUUAAUCCUGUGUCAACCCAAUGCUGAGCUUCAGCUUACUCUUGCCAUAAAACAUAUCAUGAACACAAUAGGGUAAAGUGUUUAUGCAUACCUUUUAAGGUUAUAUUACUGCCUCUGAAGUGACAGACUUGCUUUGAACUUUCCAUUUGAUGAAAAGUACAAUAUUUGCAUGUAAUCAAUACAACUUGCACUCAAAACAUUUAAUCACAGUAGAUGCAUGUACUGUAUAUACACAUGUUGCUUGUCCAAGAAACAUUGUUAUUGAAAAACUCAUUGACUACAAGUGCUUUAAAAGUCUACUAUUAUAGUACAUGCGUUACAAAUGUGAAGGCAUGCAGCCUACAGGGGUGUAAAUGUAGUAAUAAUUAUGCUGCGCAGCAUACAAAGCCAAAUAUCUUAAUAUUGUGUGCUUUUGAUUUUUGCUGGUAUAACUUGUGUGACAUGUCAAUAGUAUUUUCCUACCAGUUAUUAUUUGUACAUGUCAUAUGUCGAAAGUUGCACAAAUGUUCCCUCUAGUUCAGUGGUCACCAAACAUAUGUAUGCAUGUAUUAGGACUUGUCAAAAUUAACAUUUCAACUUGUGAUUAUGCAGAAGAAAUUAUUGCAUUAAUCAUGUAUAUUCGCAGAUAAAUAAAGCAAUUU